AUGCUCCGAUGGUGCUUUGAGAACGGUUUGAGGCUAUACUUUAUUUUGUGGAUUAUCUGCUCCAGCUGCUGCCUCCUUUGUUUGGUCAAAGCCCAAAGCAGGAUCCCAACUGAGACUGUGCAACUGUGGGCUUCGGAAUUUGGUGGAGAGCUGAAUUCCAUUGUUACAAAAUAUUCAGGCUCCUUAUUGCUACAGAAGAAAUACAAAGAUGUAGAGCCCUUCAUAAGGAUUGAAGAAGUGGAUGGCGUGGAAUUGGUAAUGCAGUUUGGAGAGAAGAUGAAAGAGAUGUUAGGAAGGAAAGUUGAGGCAGUCAAGAGAUUGGUUGAUGCUGCUGAAGAAGCUGAUUUGUAUCACAAGUAUGACAUGAAUUUUGAGUUUGAUUAUUAUAAUUCUGUGCUGAUCAAUGAGAGAGACGAAAAUGGGAAUUAUGUAGAGCUUGGAAAUGAGUUUAUUUUGGAAGUAAAUGAACAUUUCAACAAUUUGCCUGUGAACACCUCUCUCAGUAACAUACAAAUCCCAACUAAUGUGUAUAAUAAAGAUCCUGACAUUUUGAAUGGAGCAUACUGGUCAGAAGCAUUAAACGCGAUCUUUUCGGAAAACUUUAUGAAAGAUCCAACUCUCACCUGGCAAUAUUUUGGAAGUUCCACGGGUUUCUUUAGACUUUAUCCUGGUAUAAAAUGGAUGCCAGAUGGAAAUGGAGUCAUAUCUUUUGAUUGCAGGAACCGAGGCUGGUAUAUUCAGGCUGCAACUUCCCCAAAGGACAUUAUCAUACUGUUUGACAUCAGCGGCAGUAUGAAAGGUCUCAGAAUGACGAUAGCCAAACAUACCAUCAAUACCAUCCUGGACACGUUGGGUGAAAACGAUUUUGUCAAUAUUAUUGCUUAUAGUGAUUACAUCCACUAUGUCGAGCCCUGCUUCGAAGGAACACUCGUGCAAGCUGACAGAGACAAUCGAGAGCAUUUCAAGCUGCUGGUUGAUAAACUUAAUGCCAAAGGAACAGGAGUUGUAACUAAAGCACUCAUCGAGGCCUUCACAGUCUUGAAUAAGUUUAAUGAGACAGGACAAGGCAGCCUGUGUAACCAAGCCAUCAUGCUGAUUACAGAUGGUGCAGUUGAGGAUUAUGAAUCUGUAUUUGAACAAUACAAUUGGCCUGAUUGUAAGGUGCGUGUAUUUACAUAUCUGAUUGGCCGGGAGGUAACAUUUGCAGAAUAUGUUAAAUGGAUAGCGUGUAACAAUAAAGGAUAUUAUACUCAUAUCUCAACAUUGGCUGAUGUUCAGGAGAAUGUCAUGGAAUAUCUUCAUGUUCUCAGCCGCCCAAUGGUUAUUAGUCAUGAUCAUGACAUUAUUUGGACAGAAGCAUACAUGGACAAUGCUCUAUUUCAAUCAGCAGCACAUAGUCUGCUCCUCAUGACAACAGUGGCAAUGCCAGUCUUUAGCAGAAAGAAUGAAACUAGAGCACAUGGUAUCCUUCUCGGAGUUGUAGGAACAGAUGUCCCACUGAAAGAGCUGUUAAAGUUAGCUCCGAGAUAUAAGCUUGGAGUCCAUGGUUAUGCAUUCCUGAAUACCAAUAAUGGUUACAUACUGGCCCAUCCUGAUCUCCGACCUUUAUACAAAGAUGGAAAAAAAAUAAAGCCAAAACCAAAUUACAACAGUGUGGACAUUUCAGAGGUGGAGUGGGAAGACACAGAUGAAGUUCUCAGAACAGCUAUGGUGAAUGGUGAAACUGGAUCAUUUUCAAUGAAUGUUAAAGUACCUGUUGAUGAAGGGAAACGUGUCUUGUUUCUAACCAAUGACUAUUUCUACACACACAUCGAUGACACGCCUUUCAGUCUGUGUAUUGUUCUUACAAGAGGACAUGGUGAAUCUCUGUUCAUUGGAAACAUAUCUGUGGAAGAAGGGUUGCAUGACAUAGACCAACCUGACCUGACACUUGCAAACGAAUGGAUUUAUUGUGUAACUGACAUUGAUCCAGACCAUCGCAAACUAUCACAAAAAGAGGCUGUAAUUCGUUAUCUUACUGGACAGGAACCAGAUUUAGAAUGUGAUGAGGAACUGCUGCAAGAAGUUCUCUUUGAUGCUGUAGUAACUGCUCCAAUUGAAGCUUACUGGACAGCCAUAGCCAUGAACAUUUCUGAAAAUAACGAAGACGGCAUUGAAAUGGCUUUCCUGGGCACUCGUGCAGGCUUGAUGCGAAGCUAUCCCUUUAUAGGAAAGGAGAAGAGCUCAAACAACAAGUUCUUCACAACUCAGGAUAAACAUAGUAUUUUCACAAUGGAUCAUUUUCCACUCUGGUACCGACGGGCUGCUGAGCACCCACCUGGACAUUUUGUUUACUCCAUAGCCUUUGAGGAAGACAUGGGAAAGAAGAACAGGAGUAAAAUGAUAACAGCAAGUACAGCAGUAAGUGUUACUGUGAGCAAAAGGAUGGCCAUUGCAGCAGCUGUUGGCGUGCAGAUUAAUCUCUCAUUAAUGCGACAGAAAUUCUGGAUGGCUACACAGCAGUGCAGCAACAUAGAAGGUACAUGCCCCAUCAGCUGUGAAGAUGAUGCUCUGGAUUGUUUCUUAAUAGAUAACAAUGGGUUCAUUCUGAUCUCCAAGAAAGAGGAAGAGACAGGGAAGUUUCUGGGAGAAGUGGAUGGGUCAGUGAUGACACAACUGCUGAACAUGGGGCUGUUCACUGAGGUGAAACUUUAUGAUUACCAAGCGAUGUGCAAAGGGGCCACCAAUCACCACAGUGGAUCACAGCCUAUGCUCAGUCCUUUCUACUCUAUUUUGGCUGCUCUAAAAUGGUUCCUGAGCAAUUUAUUCAUAUUUUUUGUUGAAUUCAACUUCUGUGGUCUGUGGAAUGGGGAAGGUUUAGUGAAUGCCAAAACUGUCUUCCAUUUUGGUCAUAAGCACCGAAAAGUGGAAGCCUUCCAGCCCUGCAAUACAGAGUACCCAGCUUUUGUGUAUGACCACACGAUCAAAGAAGCAAAUGGAUUUAUUGAAUGCGGAGACUGUCAGAAAAUAUUUGUGGUGCAGAACAUUGAAAAUAGUAAUCUACUCCUCCUAGCAACUGAAGCAUACUGUGACUGCAGCAUCUUCCCACCAGUCACGCUGGAACCAAAUGAAGUGAAAUAUAAUGCAUCAGUGAAGUGUGAACGUAUGCGAACCCAAAAGUUAAGGCGUCGACCCAAUGCAUGCCAUGCAUUCCAUCCGGAGGAAAAUGCAGAGGAGUGUGGAGGAGCAUCAGGGAUUUCUCUGGCUGGAAUGCUGCUUCUACUUAAUGUGGGCGUAGCUGUUGCUGUUUUACAAUGA